AUGAACACAUCAAAGAAAGAGAAGAAAAGUUCCUACAUGUCUCAGAAAACAUCAAAGAAAGAGAAGAAAACUUCGUCUGAUGACUCUGGCUCUGAACCACCAAGAUCAGCGGUUCUUGCUCUUGCUGCUCUCCGUUACAUCUCGGAAGAGGAAAGACGACUCCGAUAUAUUGGACCGAGAAGGUUUUAUGGACAAAAUGCACCUGUCCAAGGGAGGGAAAUGGUAAUUACCAACGUGUUGGGCAACGAAGCUGUCCAACAUAACGAUGUGGUAGUUGCCGACGUAGUGGACAAUAACGAACCUGUUAUAGAUGCGAUUCCUAUUUCAUUCGCCUAUAUUCCACAAGGUAGUCGUGGUUUUGAUAGCAGUGAUCGUUCCCGUGGUGGUCGAGGUGAAUAUCAUCAGGGUUCAUCAAGUUCCAUGGUAUCUGAGUUUAAUAAGCUACUUGUGGAGGAAAAUCAGCCGAUCCAAGUUCAACCAUCUUCUGGGACAAACGAUAUGGAUGUUGAUGAAGUUAAGGAAACUGAUGAGCACCAUAAGUGA